AUGGCUCAGUACCAGCACGGACAUCCGGCCUACUACGGCCAGAAUAACUCCUCUGCGCAGUCGACCCCGUAUCCCUCCCAAUACGCCGGCUACUCUCCCCACGCGUCCCCGGAACAGCCGCAUCAGCAGCUCAGACGGGUUCCCAGCUAUGUUGCGGGAGACGAUGCCCAUUAUUUCGAGGGCCGUCACGGCCGUAAUGCCCCAGAGGAGGGUGCUGGCUAUGGAGGCGCUUACAACAGUACGACCCAGAGCAACCUGGGAUCGAGGCACUCGCAAUUCUCGGCCGGCAGUUCGCAGCAAUCACUCCCCAGCCGCGCGUCGUCUCAUGGCUCUUCUGCCGUCUCUGGAUACCAGUCUUAUCAGCAUCAUGCGUCGUCCACGUCGCCGAACCAAUCGACUUACAACCCUCAGCAGUACAGUCGUCCUCACUCCCUGUCGCAACCGCCUCCCAUGUCCUCCUAUAAUCCCCAGGCGUACACCGGGAUCAGCAGCGCACAAUACAGCAAUGCCACCCAGCCGCACCAGCCGUAUAACCCCGCUGCGUAUCAGUCGACUAACUAUGGGACUUAUGGGUCUUCAAACGUUCAACGCCAACCGACCGCUGCAUCGCAACGAUACGGUCAGUCGGCCGCGACACAGUAUGGGCCUCCAUCGCCGCAAAUGCAGCCUCCUCCACCCCCGCCUCGUGGUCCAGAUCAUCCCUACGGCCCUCGUCAGUCUACUUACUACUCCGAUUCCUCACCCAAUCCGCAGUAUGGCUACUCGCAGUCGCAUCAGACCAGCCCCCCGUCUGUACCUCUUCGGUCUUCUGCCAACUACCCAGGCCCCACAUCUCCUGUGUAUGCUUCUGGGCCGCCUUACCCAAGCGCUGGCUCCGGUUCUCUUCCUUCGCGACAGCAUUCUCGCGGAUCACAGUCAUCAUCGUACUACCCCACGACUCCUACUGCAACGGAGCCUGUGACCUCCUCAGUGAUCGAAGAGCAGCCACCAGAACCUCCAGCCCAUAUGUCGUACGACGGGAAGAGGUCAAGCGUGUCCAGAGGAUCGGUGAAUUCGCCGACAUAUCCAACUCCGCCUUCGUCCUCUCCGCGGCGGACAGACACCCUCACUCGACAUCCACAGGCCCGACCUCUCCCUGGUCCUCCACCAGACGCGGAGGAAGAACCUACGUAUUCAGAGGUUCAUGAUGGCAUUGGAAGCAUAAGGCGGAAACCAGAAGAGGAGAUGGGCUAUGAGGACUUGAUGAAGGAGGUGGAAGCUGCCGUACUACAGGGGCGGCGCGCCAGCGCAAGUGGUGCAAGAGCAGCUCAUGUAGGACACAGUGAGCAUAUUCCGAAUCCAGACGAACCUGCUCCGCUUUUUGCACCGGAAACAUCAACGCGGUCCCUGUCUCCUGACGUGCGGCACACCCACACCAAUGGCAGCAUAGCGACAGGUACGGGACAGUAUGUGAAUUAUGACGCCUACAGUGACGAAAGUGACGCCGAAGCUGCGGCCGGUCUCGCCAUGAUGCAGAUGGCAGACGAAGAGGAAAGAGCAGAAGCGGAGCGCCAGCGCAAUCGAGAGCGCAGUGGCACUGCUGCUUCCAUCUUCAGUGCGUACGGAUCACGGUCAUCGGACCGACUGCCCUCCCCACCGCCUCAAGAGGUGAGUAGCGACAGUGACUAUGCUCAGUACGAUCUUGCUCUGUACGGUGGGGGUUACGAGGGACAUGUGCACUACGGCGACGAACCGACCGCGGGUCCGGAGCAGCCAUCCAAGAAUGAUCCGCUCAGCUCGGAUCUAUCUACGGACGGACGAGUAAAUUUCCCUGACGAGCAGGAUUAUUAUGAUUUUCCAACUGAAGAGUCGAACCGCCCUCUCCCGUUCCCUUCUGUCACCAGUGCGCGAGUGGACACGGGUGGCACUGGAGGCUUGUCAGAACCGGGGGCCGUCCAUCGGAGGUUGAGCUUCGACGAUGGCGAUGAAGAAGGUGGCCUGUUGACGCCUGAGGGCGAGGAACGAUCAGGAAGCCAAAGCCCGGAGAAAGGAGAGCCCGCUGAUCUCUUCUUCCACCCGGGGAUGCGGCCACUGCCUCCUGCUCCUGUUGAACCGGUCAACAACGCCAACAUUCGGCCGCAUUUGAUCCCAGCUGGGACGUAUCGGAACAAGGCACAAGGUGACCUGGAAGCGUAUGAUCAGCAAAGGCCUCUUCCGACACCCAGCUCUCCAGACUCGUACGGACAGACAACGCUGAACCCGUACCAAGUCCCGCGGUCGACAUCCUUGUCGAGCCACAGUAGCACGCCUCGUACUGAUCCGCCAACCAGAUCCAAAACCGAUGCAGAUCGUGCGAAGUACAAACAACAGCAGCAGGACUUCCUGCGCCAGCAGACUGGUACUCUCGGGUACACUGCAAGCCCAGAACCCAGUGCCAUCGCCCUCGAUCUGCCCACGAUACCUGCGGGCAGACGCAAGAAGUUCAAUCCCGCUAAGCUGUCGUCUGAGCAUUUCCGGAAAUGUUCAGAACCGUGGGCGCUCAGUGCCAUUGUUGCCUGGGUCAGAGAAUUGAGCGAGGACGAAACAGAUCUCAAAGAGCAGGCCAUCAUCGAUGCAAUCGUUGCACUGUUCACCCACAAGGUUCCGACAAUGAACACUGCCGAUGCUGAGACGCUGGGUGCCUUGGUCGUCAAGAACAUGCUGGCCGAGGGAGCCUUGGUGAAGGAAGAGGAAUGGGUCAAGUUCGGCCCAGGGACUUUGUCGGGCGUUCUAUUUCAAAUCACGGGCAGCGGAUGCUACUCAUCCCGGCUCCAUGUGCAAGAGCCAGAGACUGAGACCUUCGGUCGCUGCUACUCGCACCACUGCAUGAGGACCCUCAAGAAGAUCAAUCUCAAGGCUGAGAUGAUGGAGCCGGAGAAGAAAGUGCAAGACUGGGUGACCUUCUAUAACGUCCCUAAGGAGGUGUGGGAAUCCUAUCCCAAGAAGGAGAUUGAUCGCCAGAACAACCUCCACGAGAUCGUUACCACCGAAGAUGCGUAUAUCGAACAACUGGAUGUGUUGCAAGUGUUGUAUCGUGAUCAAUUAGCCACGAUGCAGCCUCCUAUCAUCAAUCCCAAACGCCUCAAUAAAUUCCUGAACGAUGUCUUUGGCAAAGUGGACGCGGUCAAGAAGGUCAAUGAGGAGUAUCUGCUCGCACAGCUGAAGUAUCGCCAAAAGGAACAGGGCCCGUUCAUCGUGGGCUUCAGCGAUAUCUUCCGAGAAUGGAUCCGGAAAGCUAAGGGGGCGUAUGUCGAGUACGCAGCCACUUUCCCGCACGCGAACUACUUGGUGCGCAGGGAGGCGGAGCGGAACCUGCAAUUCAGGCAGUUCCUCAAUCAAGCUCGUGACAACAAAAUGUCCAAUCGAUUGAGCUGGGAUACCUUCCUCAAAGCACCUAUUACCAGAAUCCAGCGGUACACCCUGCUCUUGUCAACCGUCCACAAGAACAUGGUGAAGGAAUGCGAGGAGAAGACCAAUCUGGCGCAAGCCAUUGAGGAAAUCAAGGUCGUUGCAAUGGAUUGCGACAACAAGGUGGGCGAGAUGACCAAGAAGGUCGAUCUCAUGGAGCUGUCCUCAAAACUACAACUCCGACCGGAGAUGAAGAAGGAAGUAGAACUGAACCUCGAGCAUCUGGGUCGGCAGAUCAUUUUCCAGGGCGAUCUUCAACGGCCAGGCACGAGGACGAGGUUCAACUUGGUGGACACGCGUGCUAUUCUGUUCGACCACUAUUUUGUGUUAGCCAAGGCCGUGACGAACCGAGAUGUCACCAAGUCCUUGAAAUAUGAAGUUUACGAUGUGUCGAAACUGCCUAUUCCGAUGGAUUUGCUCGUCCUGGAGAGCACCAAUGACGAUCCGGUAUACAAGUCUUCAGUGAAAGGCAUCUCGGCCGUUGCUCCUCCGCCGGCCGCGAACGGAGGUACCUCCACCGGAGCUGGUGGCACGGCCCUCGAGAAUAUUAAAGAUGAUAAGAUCCUCUAUCCCUUCAGGGUGAAGCACCUGGGUAAAACCGGAACCUAUAUCCUUUACGCCCAUUCGAGUCAGAACCGACAGGAGUGGUGUGAAAAGAUCAUUGAGGCCAAAACCAAACACGCUGCGUCUCUCUUUGCGCAGAACGCGGAGCCGUUUCGGCUGCGGGUGCUUGCGGAUACAGCAUUUGCCUAUUCUGAACCCCCAGGACCUAAGGCUGUCAUGAUCAAGGGUACACCACUCGAUCGAGCUAUUAGAGAGGUCGAAGAGAAGUAUGCCAAUGAAGCCUCGAAGCCCAAUCCCAUCUGCAGAGCAGCAGUCAACUGCGCUACAGUCUUCCAGCAGCCGCCGGGACGGCUAAUGUGCGCCGUUGGCACUGAUUAUGGAGUGUACAUUUCGGAAUAUAACGACCCACGUGGGUGGGUGAGGGCAAUUCCGAUCGUGCGGGUCACACAAAUUGCAGUUUUUGAAGAAUUUAACCUCCUGCUCGUCAUUGCAGACAAAUCGCUGAUUGCGUACCAUCUUGACGUUGUCCUGGAGCCGGUACUCCAAAAAUCAGCAACGAGCCGGGCGCGUUUCCUGCCGAUGCGUCGUGGCCAAACCGAGUUCUUCCGUGAAUAUGACGAGUUCUAUAUUCCCACAGAAAGUUACAACAUCAACCUGUUCCACACAUCUCUCGCCAUUUCGACGCAGCGUGGAAUCGAAGUUUUGACCCUCGACAAGAAGCAGCCGUGGUCUGUGCCGAACCUGCGCUCCGAAACACCGGAAGCGCAGCCGUACCUGACGAGCAUUGCGAACCGGAUCAAAGAUCUGCGACCGCUGGGGAUGUUCCGACUGAGCGAGAGCGAGUUCUUGGUUGCGUACAGCGAAUGCGCCGUGUACGUCAACAAGCACGGGGACGUCUCUCGCAGCGUGGUCAUGGAGUUUGUCGGCCGUGCUCACACGGCAUGCCUGUACGGAAGAUUUUUGAUCCUUUUCAACGAAGACUUUGUCGAGGUGCGCAACGCCAUGAACGGGCGUCUGAGGCAGGUCAUCCCGGGUCGCAAUGUCGUCUGUCUGGACGACGGCGGCGCCAUGGCGGGAACGGGGCCAUCGCAUGCAAGCAACUACUCCAGGUCGGUGGCUAAUGGCCAGACCAGCGAGUACGCGCGCAUUGGCCGGACCGUCAAGAUCUGCAUGCAGCACCCGGAGCAUGAGCGCAGCCAGCUUGUUUUGGAACUGAUAGAGAACGAAGGCCAGAAAGACUAG